CUGGUCUCGAUUUUAGCCUGUCGAGGCAGCCAGAGAGAGGAGCAAGAAGCAGAAGAAGACAGAUUUGUCGACAAGUACAGACGGUGGUGUUCAAAGGAGGAGCUACCGGAAGAAGAGAGGGAAGAGGAGAUCAGGUAGAAAGAAUGUAGGAGAGAAAAUAUAAGGAGAGAGGGAGGGAGAGAGAGAGAGAGAGAGGAGAGGGAAGGGGGUUGCAAACAGGAAAGCGCACAGGCGGCAUUGGAGUUUAAGCUGCAGCAGCGAAGGAGAGAAUAAGAGAGAAGGGAGAGAGGGGGGCCCAGAGAGAGACGGAGAGGUGCAAGAAAGAAAGAAAGUUUGAAGGAAGACAAAAUGGUUGCGUGAGGAAGUAGAGGAGAGGAACUGACUUAAGGAAGGGAGGGAGUGAGACAGAGAGACAGGCAGAGAGAGAAAGAGAGAGAGAUUGAGAAAAGUUUUUGAGACGGAUGAAGAAAACAGAAGGACUGGAUGGCAGAGGGAGCGAGCAGCGGCAUUGGCAAAACCGGAGAUUCUCAACAAAGGAGCCCGUAAGCAUUUGACAUGUACACAGCUGAAGUAACUGGACACUAUAGGUUCGUACAGAAUGGUCUCUUUCCUCCCCCCUGCGCAUGCCAGAGGUGCGUCCACUUCGAAUACUUGGGACACAAUCAUGGAGGAGGAGGAGGAGGAGGGGGAGCGCAGACAUCCAGACAAGGAGACCACCCAGCUUUGGAUCGGACCAGGCUGGAUCUCUGGGCCAAGGAUCCAACCAGGACUUCCUUGGGGAGCAGUAGACUGGAGAGAAGUUGUCACAGAAGCCCGCAAAGGAGACCUGUUUUUGUCGGGACUGUCCCAUGCAACCGCGCUGGUCCUGUCUGCUCCUACGAAAUUCCUCCAGCUCACUGUAACUGCAACGCAAGACACUGUCCGCCUUUAAGGGAGCAGUGCCGAUGUAUGCAUAGUAAUUCAAGGGUGUACACUUUUGGCGUACCUCAUCAGUUACCCCACUUACAGGUGAAAGACCAGGGGUACAAGCUGUGCAAGACGGUCAGGUAUGCGUCCAUAGAAGAUGAAGACUACGUUUCAGACAGGAGCAGUUUCGAACCCCAACACAGUCCACAAAUGGGGUAUAUACCAAAUGGGCAUUGCGGGAUAGGGGCUUUCGGGGUGGAGGGUGUGGAGGAAAGAGAUACGCAUCAAGACUGGGACAGGACGCAGCCGGAAAGAUCAGAGCAAGGGUGUAACGGACAUGGGGGAUUUUACAAAGGGUUUUUCACCACGGAGGUCCCGCCAAAACACUUCAACCCAAACAGGAGGAGAAAUGGGUCGUGUCUAAGUUCUGCAGGUGGGACGCAAAGUUUGAAAUCGAACGGCGUGAUGGUGAAGAGGGAGCAGAGUCCAGAGCCAGGGGAGCAGAGGAGGAAGGACACGGUCAGGGAGCAGAUAAGACAAGUGGUCACCAACCUGGAGGACGUCCUAGGAGGGCUCAAGCAAGUCCAUGUGGAGAUGAGAGAGGUGGUGCAGCAAAUUGAUCGUCUCACUGCCAAUAUCGACCUAAGUGAAGAGACACCCAGCAUCACCCCAGGGCCCGAAAAUAAUAAUAAUUGUGUGGACUUUUCUGAGGACUUGAGAGUGGUCGCCAUUGGCAACCACAGACCCCAAAUGGCUCAACACGUAGACGAGGAACGCAUCAUCUUACGCACGAACUCUCCGUCACCCAUUCACACGGCGUCGGUGGUCAAAACGAACCGAAUUGUCCCGUUUUCGAAGCAAAAUGGAUUGAAAAAUGGUCACCCGCCUCAGUUUUAUAAUAGCAACCACAUGGGACAUACCAUUUUAGGGCAAGAGACGCCCCACCCGCAAGCAUUGGACCCUAAAGUCAUUAUAGAAAGUAGGACGCAAAAACCCCCGCCAUAUCCGCAAAAUGGCCGAUGUGGAAAGUACCAGGCCCCCGUCAAACCUGCCCGGACCCCCUCUUCGAAUUUGGGGAGAGGUCGGCAAAGCUCCAGCAUGGUAUAGAAAGAAAGAGAGAUGGAGAGAGAGAUGGAGAGAGAAAGAGAGGAGGGGAAGUUGGAUGAAAUUUGACACCCUGCUACAGUGGAGUGGACUUGGGAGCAGGCAGGGGAGCAAAUCCUGUGUGUCUGACUCAAAUUAAGUGUGAUCUGUGAAGAGGAACUAGGCCUUUGUAAUACCACCACAAAUGAGUCAACGAUGAUUUAGAAAGUAAAAGAAGAACAAGAAGUUUGCGACUAGGUCAGGAAUUGGAAUACACAAGACGUUUUGCAAGAACUCUGGCAGUACGAGUUUGGGCACCAGCCAAUCAGCGAAGAGCCAUACAUUCUGUGUUGGCAACGAUUCCUGAGAUCAAGGAUUUAAAGCCGGAACAAAGAGAAUGUUUGUUGAAUUUUAUCAAGGGAAAAGACGUUAUUGCCCUUCUUCCUACAGGAUUUGGUGCAUUACAUACGUCACGACCAAAUAGCAGUGACUAGUUAAAUUAAAAAAAGUGCUCGUUAUUGUCCUUUUUCCUAUAGGAUUUGGGAAAAGCUUAAUAUACCAGUUAGCGGCGCAUUAUGUACGUCACAACCAAAUAGCAGCAAUUGGUUAAGUUAAAAAAAGUACCCGCCUACCGUUGAGUGAAUGAAUCCUAAUGCUGCAAGGUCAAAUGAUUUCCCACAAAAUGAAACUGGCUGAAUCAGUCUAGCAGAGGCAAGCCUGCUCUGUAAGAAUACAAGUUUUGGAAGGUGUUUUAUAAAAGUAAAACCAGGGAGGGGGCUGGUGCAUUGUAAUAUUGUUUCAACCUCCUGCUUAUACGCAACAGUUUGAGGAUCAUUCAAAAGAUAGAAUAUUCUGUUUUGAAUGGUUAAUUACCAUGGCAGCUAGGGAUGGGUAUCAUUAAGAAGUUGCCAGUACGAUACAUACCUUGAUACUUUGGCCAGAUUGAUUCGAUACAGUUCAGUAAAAAACAAAAGCUAAUUCAUGGGCCCAUCCAUCUAUUUUCUUCUGCUUAUCCGGGGCCAGGUUGCAGUUGCAGCAGUCUAAGCAGGGACUCCCAGACUUCCUUCACCCCGGACACUUCCUUCAGCUCCUCCGCGGGAACCUUGACACUUUCCCAGGCUAACCGUGAGACAUUGUCCCUCCAACGUGUCCUGGGUCUUUCCCGGGACCUCCUUAGUCAUGGGUGUGACACUAAAUGUCUUUGUUAAACCACUUCUUGUGCAAAGAUAAUAUGAAACACACCCAUUUAAAGAAUCAGAACAAUAAACCCAUUUCCUUCCUCUGAACACGCAACAAAACUGUAGCACUGUAACAAAAUAAUUAUUAAAAUAUACCAAAAAAUACUCUUGGCCAUAUAUUGGUAUGGCAGCCCAUGAUAUCAAUACUGUAUCAUCACAUUAAACGAUACGAUAUAUAUCAAUAUUUUUGAUAUUUUUGCACACCCCUAAUGGCAGCUCUACAAAUAUUUCAUUACUAAGCCCAUGGAAGCAGUAAUUAAUCAAAGAACAAAUAAAAAGCCAAAAAAAAGUCAGAUUAUUAGCUAUAAUGAAUAAUUCAAAACAUGAUAAAUUUAUAAUGCUAACUGGCCAAUUAUGUAAACACUCUGUUGAGGUAAACUUAUUGUGAAAAUUGGGCAGAGCUUUUUAACUGUAUGGUAAACACCAGACUGUGAGGUAAUGUACAGUCAUUCCUCUGCAGUGGUCAUCCAGGCUGGCUGCCAGAUGUGGUUACUGGGGGUUGGGGCAUAAUAUAGGGAAUUUUUUGCACAAUACACAUCUAAUACUAUGAAAACACUGGGAGAGAAAGAAAAACGUACUUGUAAAUCCUUCCUAAAAAUAUAUAAAAAAUUUUGCUAACUCAAAAAACUUUCAUGCAGAAUUUGUCCUUCUUUUUACACAAUGACGAAGGGAUUGCACAGAUGUCAAAACAAUGCGGUAGUUUUAUCUUUUUGUCCAACCCAGACUAAGUAAUUAUGGUUAGGAUUUUAGGAAGUCUGUUUUUCUCAUUAAUAACUGGGUAUGCAAAUUCUUAAACUGCAAUAUUAAGACAUAGUUUUAUCAGCGCAUACUUCAAAUUGAUAAAACAAAACAAAACAAAACCAAAAUAGUUUAAGAAGAAGGAUUCAUUCUUAGCAACAACUUAAUUACGGAGUUACCAAAAUAUACUUUAAUAUAGAAAAAAACUAUUUAUAUUCUGUUAGCUGCCUCAUUUGAAACUAAGAUCUCAAAAUAUUCAUGGUUUAUAGUUUACAGUUAGGACCAAGAAUAGUUCAAAGUUCCCAGUCGGGUGAAAUGUUGCACAAAGUUUAUGUACCCCCCUCUUGUGUAGAAAAUGCGUCACUGCAGACUAUUUUUCCCUGUUCUCAGCGUUGGGCAAGCACAAUCUGGUUUUGAUCAUAAAAGUGCCUGAAAAAGUGCCAGUGAAGAGAGAGAGAGAAAGAGAGAGAGAAAGAGAGAGAGGGAAUGAAGAGAGAAAGAAAGACAGGGAUACAAUACUUCUGCUGCUGUAAUCCUUUUGCCAUUGGAAACAGCCUGUAGCGGUGGUUGUAUUGUAGACACAAAGUUAGUGCUGGGUCAGGGCUGUCAGAGUGUGUGUGUGUGAGAGAGAGAGUGUGUACUUUUUAUAAUAAUAUAUUUUUUAUAUAUAUAUUUGUUUAUUUAGGAGCAGGAAAGUGGCAGAGGUGAAAGAUUUGUCAUUGUAAAACUUUAUAAGUGUUCAGGGCUACAUCAGCUGACUCAUUCUUUCCAUCCAGAGCGAACAAGAAAAUGUGGUUUUGCGGGAGUCAGGUGGACAAUAUAUUUCAACAAUUUUAAAGCUAAAAAAAAUAUCCAGUACAUUUUUGUUACAGCAAAGAGCGUUAUGUAGUAUUUUAAAAAUGUAUUACACCAACUGCUGAACCUCGGCUGUGCCUCAAAGGGCCCAUGUUGCGCUGUUCUCUGAUCAAUGUUAUUAUGUUGUUUCCUCAUCCAAAACAUACCUGGAGUUGUGUUUUGUUUCAUUCAUACAUAUUUAACAUACACAAUAUACGCUGUUCCACCUUGUGAUGUCAUGUGGUAAUAUAAGAAGUGCUCCACUAUGUUUUUAAACUCCAUACACCUUCACAAGAAUCAUUUGGGCAAUUUCAGCUCUGGAAUUUCCAUUUUUACUGAAUUAGGCAAGGCAAGUUUAUUUGUAUAGCACAAUUUGUACACAAAGUAAUUCAAAGUGCUUUACAGAAUAAGAAAUACAUUAAAAUCAUAAUCAAAACAAAUCAAAACAUAAAUAAUCAUGAACUAAACUGAACUGAAUUAAAGGUAAAAGGUAGCCAGGCUGGCGCCACCUAGUGCUUCCAGUCAAUUUCAUUUUCUCUCCAGUGACUAAGUUGUGGACCACGCACCGGCUAUUCAGCGAAGAGCUGUGAGGCCAUGACGUCAAACUCAAGCACCUGUCUGGGUCCCUUUUGUGGUACAGCACAACAGUAAACAAAGCAGUUGAGAUGGAUGUAGACAAAGCCAUACAUUCUGUGUUGGCAAAGAUUCCCGAAAUUGAGGAUUUAAAGCUGGAACAAAGAGAAUGUUUGGUGAAUUUUAUCAAGGGGAAAGACGUUACUGCCCUUCUUCCUACAGAAUUUGGAGCAUUACAUACGUCACGACCAAAUAACAGUUAUUAGUUAAAUUAAAAAAGUGCCCGCCUGCCGUCGACCUAACGAAUCCUAAUGCUGCAAGGUCAGAUGGUUUCCAUGAAGUGAAACUGGCUGAUGAAUCAGGCAAGGUAAAAGGUAGCUGUUAACAUGAAAACUACCGCUUCAUGACAUCACAAGGUGGAAUAGAGCAGUCUGAGCUCUGGAGAUGUUGACAGACUACUAAUAAAAGAUUACUCAAACAUGUGUGAUUGAAACAAAAAUGAGGUAACACCAUUAUAACAUAGCUAAAACACAAGAGUAAAUUUUGUGCGAUAUAGGACCUUUAACCUGUAUAUAGAUGGAUACAAGUUUUUCUCAUUCUCAGUUUAUGGACAGGCCUCAUGUGAAAGAACUCCAGAAUUCACUCUCUGAGCUGCAGAGGUUGCACUAGCACUGAUUCAUGAUUGACUGUAUUUGCUGCUGUUUAGGUAGGAGGAUCCAGAUCACUGAGAAGCAUUUUAGGUUUAAACCAUCUGGAUUUCAGCAUUGAAACUAGGGCUACUCGAUUAUGGAAAAAAUCAUUAUCACGAUUAUAUUGAUUAAUAUUGAAUUAUUCAAACGAUUAUUCAGUUUAUUUUUUAGUUACACGAUGCAUUUAUUCAGCAUUUAGCUCUCAAAAAAACAUGCAAAACCUUCAAAUUGAAAAUAAAUAUAGGUUAAAAAUAUGUACCUUAGAGCAGUUUUGCGAUGUAUAAAACAUAAAAUUAAUAAAAUAUACUUGAACACGUACUAAGGCAUAGAAAAACAUAAAUGUAUCCAAAAUAAACUAUAUAUCCGGCUGUUCUACAAUCUCUAUACUUAAAAAAUAAAACGGAUUUACUUAUUUAUAUAAAAAAUAUCCCAAAAUAAAGUUUGUUAAGCUUUAUCUUUUCAACUCGAUUAUAGAAGUUUGGAGAUCAUUUGACACACAAAUCGAAAUUGCGAUCAAAAUUCAAUUAACUACAUAGCCUUAAUUGAAUCUGGCAACCCAAACGAAAGACUCAUGUGAGGCGCAUUCUGCUUUCAGAUUGGAUAAUAGUCUUGAGAACCAAAACAACAAAACAACAGGAUCAGCAUUAGAAUUGUCACCAGUAAAAAAUAUAUUUGAUUUGAAGAUAUCUACCUCGACACAGCUCGCUUAGAUCUGUCAGUUCUGCUUCACCCGACUCACCCAUCCUUUUCAAUGUCAAAUACAAGGUACAAAAAAAAGAGCUGUCAUGGCCUGAAGAGGGGGGUGCCAUCGAAGGACUUGCCCCCAAGAGCCCACCCAAAGCCCACCCCAAAGCUCACCCAAAGCUCACCCAAAGCUCACCCAAAGCUCACCCAAAGCCCACCCAAAGCCCACCCGCAGUCCUAGAGGAUCGGAGAGAUGCAAGACCGUCAACACAAGAUGGAAUGUGUUCAAUAGAUGUGGGAAGAAUAGCUUAACCCAUUCACCACCAACUAAAGAUACAAAGAUUAAUUUAUUCUAUCUAUUUUAUUAUUAUAUUGUAUUUUGAGGCAGCUUAAGCCACUUUGGACCUUUAUAUUUAUAUUGAAAAUAAAUAUAUGAUGAAGAAA